CUCUGCAUGCAAACCAAAAUCUGAUCUGCCUGCCUGCCUGCCUGCCUAGCUCUGCCCUCCAUAACUAUAGUCUCCAUGGAAGAGAAGAAGAAGCCGCGGAGGCAGCGCGAUGGCGGCGGCAUCCUUCAGUACCCGCACCUCUUCUUCGCGGCCCUGGCGCUGGCCCUGCUCGUCAUGGACCCGUUCCACCUCGGGCCGCUCGCCGGCAUCGACUACCGGCCCGUGAGGCACGAGCUCGCGCCGUACGGGGAGGUCAUGGCCCGCUGGCCCAGGGACAACGGCAGCCGGCUCAGGCUCGGCAGGCUCGAGUUCGUGAACGAGGUGUUCGGGCCGGAGUCCAUCGAGUUCGACCGCCUGGGCCGCGGGCCGUACGCGGGGCUCGCCGACGGCCGCGUCGUGCGCUGGAUGGGGGAGGAGACCGGGUGGGAGACGUUCGCCGUCAUGAAUCCUGACUGGUCGGAGGAAGUUUGUGCGAACGGAGUGGAGUCGACGACGAGGAAGCAGCACGGGAAGGAGCAGUGGUGCGGCCGGCCUCUGGGGCUGAGGUUUCACGGGGACACGGGCGAGCUCCUUAUCGCCGACGCGUACUACGGGCUCAUGUCCGUCGGCCAGAGCGGCGGCGUGGCCACCUCCCUCGCGAGGGAAGCCGGCGGCAGCCCGGUCCACUUCGCCAACGACCUUGACGUCCACAAGAACGGCUCCAUAUUCUUCACCGACACCAGCACGAGAUACAGCAGAAAGGACCAUCUGAACAUUCUGCUAGAAGGAGAAGGCACGGGCAGGCUGCUGAGAUAUGACCCAGACACCCGUUCUGCUCACGUCGUGCUGGACGGGCUGGUCUUCCCGAAUGGCGUGCAGAUCUCACAGGACCAACGAUUCCUCCUCUUCUCCGAGACAACAAACUGCAGGAUAAUGAGGUACUGGCUGGAAGGCCCAAGAGCGGGGCAGGUGGAGCUGUUCGCGAACCUGCCGGGGUUCCCGGACAACGUGCGCCUGAACAGCAACGGGCAAUUCUGGGUGGCCAUCGACUGCUGCCGGACGCCGACGCAGGAGGUGUUCGCGCGGAGGCCGUGGCUGCGGGCCGCCUACUUCAAGAUCCCGGUGCCGAUGAAGGCGCUCGGGAAGAUGGUGAGCAUGAGAAUGUACACUCUACUCGCGCUCCUCGACGUCGAGGGGAACGUCGUCGAGGUGCUCGAGGACCGGGGCGGCGAGGUGAUGAAGCUGGUGAGCGAAGUGAGGGAGGUGGACCGGAGGCUGUGGAUCGGGACCGUCGCGCACAACCACAUCGCCACGCUCCCCUACCCGUUGGAAUAGCGGGAGCUAGCGCGCAUGCAGUACAUGCAUUUGCUUGGGGUUCCUUUUUUCAUUGGAAAGAAUGUGUAUCGGUUUAAGGUCUGUUUAUUGGAUUUGUCUAAUGACCAUGUUAUGAAUUUGGUGGUGAAUUCUUGGUAUAGGCUUUCAAGGAGGUUCACUUUCUUACCUUUA